UAGUUACUGAAAUUCGGCCGACCUGUUAAACAAAUGUCUGAUACAAUAUACACGGUACAUACACAUACUCAUUUCACACCCCAUGUCUCUUUCUCCGCAACUCCCUUCUUCUUUCCCUUUCCUUCUUUCCUUCUCAUUAUUUAUCCCCUUCGCUCUUCAUCCAACUCAAUAAUCACAACAAAAAUCCGAAACAAACCCAAGAAAAACUCAUCUUCUAAUCGAGGAGUUUCCUUGUUUUACAAAGGAUAACAAUAAUGGCGUCUUCAAAGAAGAACGAGCAACAACAACAACAAGUAUUCCAAGAUCAACUCCCAUUAAUGGCGGAAAAGCUAGGAGGAGACGGCUUAAUCGGAGAAUUAUGUAAAGGGUUUGAAUUGUUGGUAGAUAAUGAUAAGGGUGUUAUUACAUUUGAUAGUUUAAAGAAGAACGCAGCUAUUUUGGGGUUGCAGGAUCUUACAGAUGAUGAUUUGAGAAGUAUGUUACGCGAAGGCGAUUGCGAUGGCGAUGGCGCGCUUAAUCAGAUGGAAUUUUGUGUUUUGAUGUUUAGGUUGAGUCCUGAGUUGAUGGAUGAAGCUGAGUUUUUGCUUCAUCAAGAACUUCAAUUUUUUUGAAUUUUUUAAAAAGUGGUUUUUUUUUUUUGGGGGGGGGGGGGAUUUUUGUGCUUCUUAGUUUGAAGCAAGUUUGUAAUUGAUUAUUCUUUUGGCCAUUUUUAAUGAUGGAUUUAUACAUUAUACAUGAUUAUAUUGGGUCUUAUGAGAGUGAUUGUUAGAUUGGUUGCAAUGAAGAUGAUUAGCACAUACAAAGUAUACAAUUAAGAAAGAAAUAUAUGCAUAAUUUUAUACGGAUUAAAGUAUUGGUUAUGUUUAUUGAUCUAUCAAUGGUUUCAAUUGGAAUUGGCAAU